CGGUCAAAAACAAGCUCCUGACCCGCGCUGAGCCGACGUAAACAGAAGAAGGGUCAGCCAGUUGACUUUGCUCCAAUUCCUCCUCCUGCAACUCCAAGCAUUCAAAUUCUCCCAAUUCCAAAUUCCAAAUUCCAAAUUCCAAAUUCCAAAUUCGAGAAGAAAACUCCUUCCAUUUCCACGCGCUAAUCGCUCCAACAAAACUCGGUACCCGUUUUGCAAAACGCAUCCCGUUUCCCAGAAUCUUGGGGCGCUUUUCGGAUUCGGAAACAAGAUGCGUUCUUGAUUCGCCAGUCGCCGCCUUCCUCUUUCUCUCUUCGAUUUCGAGCGACCUCCAUGGCGGUUUCCAUUGGCAACACCGAGAUUAAUUGGGACAAGCUUGAUAAGACUAAAUUUUAUGUGGUUGGAGCUGGCUUGUUUACAGGGGUCACAGUGGCACUGUACCCAGUUUCCGUGGUGAAAACCCGCCUACAGGUUGCUUCCAAAGAUGCUCUAGAGAGAGAUGCAUUGUCUGUGGCCAAAGGCAUUUGGAAAGCAGAUGGUAUUCCUGGUUUGUACAGAGGGUUUGGCACCGUGAUUACCGGCGCAGUUCCUGCCCGGAUCAUAUUUCUCAGUGCUUUAGAGGCCACCAAGGUGGCUGCUUUCAAGAUGGUUCAACCCUUAAAGUUAUCUGAGGCUACAGAGGCAGCUUUUGCUAAUGGAGUAGCCGGAAUGACUGCCUCGCUUUUCGCUCAGUCUGUCUUUGUGCCCAUUGACGUGAUUAGUCAAAGGCUGAUGGUGCAAGGUUAUUCGGGCCAUGCAAAGUACACCGGAGGGCUGGAUGUUGCUCGUAAGGUUAUAAAGUCGGAUGGCAUACGCGGACUUUAUAGAGGGUUGGGACUUUCUGUUAUGACUUACUCUCCAUCUAGCGCUGUAUGGUGGGCUAGUUAUGGUUCAAGCCAGCGCUUAAUCUGGAGUUUCUUAGGCCAUGGAAUUGGCUCUGAAGAAGCUGUUCCGAGCGUGGGGAAUAUAGUGUUGGUUCAAGCUGCUGGAGGAAUUAUUGCCGGUGCAACAGCAUCCUGCGUAACAACCCCAUUGGAUACCAUCAAGACACGACUGCAGACGAUGGGACAUGACAGGAGACCUACUGCAAGAGAAGUUAUUAAGAACUUGAUUAGAGAUGAUGGCUGGCAAGGUUUCUACAGAGGGCUAGGUCCAAGAUUCUUCAGCAUGUCCGCCUGGGGAACUUCGAUGAUAUUGGCUUAUGAAUAUCUGAAGCGCCUGUGUGCAAAAGAUGAGUAGGUGCUAUUCCUCUUCCAUCCAGAACCUUUUCCUCUUGCCGUGGAGCAACUAUGCAUCGACGGAAAAUUUGGUGGUUAUGAAACAAACAGGUACCGGACAUUUUUGAUUGGGAAAUUUGAUCCCGUGAUAUCUUAAAAUGCAUUAGUUACUAACCUUUGGAAAGGUCCGCUGAAUUCUUUCAAGAAUUUUUCUGAUAGAUAGUUGUGAUAUCACUUUAAAAAUUGAAUUGAAUUCAUUUGAAUUGUAGCAAGUGUACCUUUACCCUGAGCAGGGAAUUUCAACUUCUUAAUACAAAGUUCAUAUAAUAAUUUCA